UAUUCCCGAGCGGACACCGGCACAGUGGAAACAGCGUUGCGGUAGAAUCCAAGUCCUGGUCUUCUUUGUGCUGGUCUUGACAGCCUCACUGCAUCCAAAGCCGCGAUGGGGUUGUUUUCUUACAGAUCCUGGAAUGCUGAGGCCAGUGUCAGAGCUUCUCGCAUCUGAACAAACCUUCCGGUUGCGUCACACAGAGCACCGAAUUGAAGACAAAGGCUGUCACAUGGAACGCAUCGAAUCUCCAAGGACACUGUGUCCCCAAUCUUCUUGUAAGCCUACAUUUGCAGUAAUGGCUCACCUGUGGGGCGAGAAAUGCUAGACAAUAAGUGACACCCGAUGAGACCAUGCUAGUGUGCAAGUGUUUGCUAUUUUAGUGUGGGGGUUUUUGAAGCGAGCCCACAGUUUCAGUUUUAGAGACGUCGAUGGUAGUCGCAAGUUGUUUGACUCGUGAACUGUAACACGCCCUGGAAGUUCACCACGAGGUUGCUUAGAGCGCAGCAAUAGAAAGCUAGUAUUUCUUUAUUAUUCGGUAAUAGCGAUUUAAAGCUCUUGUAGCUACUGUUGUGCACAAUUGCGACUCCACGUAGCUGGGUAGGAGUGUGCUGCUCUCCUCAUUGCCAUAUUUGGCUUCCACUUCGCUGCACUCGGCAAGGGUCAGAGCCGUUCGCACUUUGGUCAAGUUGGGCUCCUUUGAAGCUUCUUGUGAGAGGAGGGAGGGUCCAGAAGUCAAAAGCAGUUGGACGGAGUUGAUGGCUUAGAUCGUGGUUCUCCAUGUUUGGGAGGGCAAAGGCUCGAAGUGUUCUUGUCUUUCGCUGCAGGCCAUGGCUGUUUUCUGUGCAAGGAUUUGUCUGUGUUUCCCCAUGAAAUGUCGGGAAGUGCGUUUGUGAGGGUUUCUGGCUUGUCUGUGGGAUUUUCCUUCGCACUCUCGUGUGAGAUCCAUCAACUGGGCCUGAAUCUAUCUUGUCUCGGUUCACAGUUAUCUUGUUAAAAAACUGUUUUGCUUGGGUUAGGGUGUGAGGGAUUCAACCACAACCAAGUUCGACUAUGAAACAGCUCUCGGGCGAUUGCGAAGUUCUCCAGUCAACUGAUCAGAUUAUGAGUCCGCCAUCUAUGCCUCGCACAAAAACCUCGCUGGGCACUAUUGUUGUGGACAUGGGCAGCCGUGGCGACAUCGACUUGCGACUCAAACCUAACGGAAUGGAAUUGUAUUCACCCGACAAGAAGGCAUUGAGGCCUGACCCUGUGUCUCGCAUCCACUGCAUUCCAAUCUUGAUGUUGUUAGUGUUCUUCAUCUUGUGGGUGGGAUCUUCAGAAGUUGUACCAGAGGUGACGUCGAUCGCAAAUUCAACCCCAGGAAAGGACGUCACGAGAAUGGCAUCUUCAGAUAAAUUCAUCGCAUCUGAGAAGCAGAAUGUGUUCAUUAAGGAGAAUUCCCAGCAUGAUACCAUGACCGUGGGACAACAAGACCUUCUAUUUCACGCAACCGACUUUGCUAAUGACCAAUCGAAAAGCUCUAGAGCAGAGAGAACCUACAUGAGAGGAACUGCAAGAUAGGACGUCAGCAAGCUCCCGUGGAAUGAUUCUCGAACGUUUGUGGUCGAGAUUGGUCUCAACUGGGAGCAGCAUGCCAGCAGGCCCCAGCACCUUGAGCACAUCCAAUUUUUCUUGAGUUUUCCAAACCUGAAGCCAUUCAAAUUUAGUAUGUGUAGCUGAAGCUGCAGCGUACAUCGAAUCGAAGGCUCUACAACCUGCAGGUUGGUGCAAUAUGCUGCAAACUGGAGCGUUGUUGACAUUGUAACUUCUAAUCUGAUCCUUAUCGUCAAUGAAUCGUUCCUAAUUCUCCGCCGAGUAUAGUUCAACAGAAGCCAUGUGAUGAUGUGGGUGCUGAUUUAACUGAUUCUUCUCACUCCUUUCGACAAUCGGCUCCGCUAUCUUCGAUCUUUCCUCUACAGUACUCCAUCAACAUUCUUUCAUGGCAUCAAGCAACCAGCCGUCGAAGAAAAAUUGUGGGGCAUUUUCAGUGGAGCUUCGAUGAUGUGUGACAGAUUCAAGCUCGCUGAAGUAUUCGAGUAUGCCGGCUCUUUGCUUCCUUUGGAAACUAGUUUCGGACCUGUGGGUAGAGUAUAGCCUAGUUAAUAUGAAUUAUAUGUAGUCUGAUAGAUCUUUUCAUUCAAAUGCUUAGUUCUAAGUUCUGCAUUCCACUAUAUAUCUUGGUCGGCCAGGAUGUGAGUACGCAAGAAAUGAAAGUAGCGAACUCCAGAUUCACGAUUUUUUUUUAUUAUUUGUUCCACGCACAAAUCCUUUGAAUGAAAAGACAAUUAAAUGGCA